CCCCUCCGAUGAUCUCGGGCAGCGGCCGCGGUGCCCGGCGGCGGGGCCAUGGCGGUCCCGGACAGCUGUGUCAAGGUGGCCGUGAGGAUCCGUCCCCAGCUGCCCAAAGAGAAAAUAGAGGGAUGUCACAUCUGCACCUCUGUGACACCUGGUGAGCCCCAGGUGCUGCUAGGGAAGGACAAGGCCUUCACCUAUGACUUUGUCUUUGACCUGGACACGUGGCAGGAGCAGAUCUACACAACAUGUGUGGGCAAGCUGAUUGAAGGAUGCUUUGAGGGUUACAAUGCCACCGUGCUGGCAUAUGGCCAGACUGGAGCAGGGAAAACAUUCACCAUGGGCACUGGCUUUGACCUGAACACCUCCAAGGAGGAGCAGGGCAUCAUCCCACGGGCUAUCAGCCACCUCUUCAGCGGCAUCGAGCAGCGUAAGCGGGCAGCACAGAGCCAGGGCUUGGCAGCUCCUGAGUUCAAAGUCAGCGCCCAGUUCCUGGAGCUCUACAACGAAGAGAUCUUGGACCUCUUUGACAGCACCCGUGACCCUGACGCCCGCCACCGCAAAUCCAACAUCAAGAUCCACGAGGAUGCCAAUGGAAGCAUCUACACCACGGGGGUGACAUCUCGCCUCAUCAGCUCGCAGGAUGAGCUGAUCCAGUGCCUAAAACAAGGGGCUCUUUCCCGCACCACUGCCAGCACCCAGAUGAACGUGCAGAGCUCCCGGUCUCACGCCAUCUUCACCAUCCACCUCUGCCAGAUGAGAGUCUGCACCCGUCCGGACCUGGUGAACGGGGAGGUGACCACCCUUCUGGAUGGAGCCCAGCCCACCACUGAGUAUGAGACCCUCACAGCCAAGUUUCACUUCGUAGACCUGGCAGGGUCAGAGAGGCUGAAGCGUACAGGAGCCACCGGCGAGAGGGCGAAGGAAGGGAUCUCCAUCAACUGUGGGCUGCUGGCCUUGGGGAAUGUUAUCAGUGCCCUUGGAGACCAGAGCAAGAAAGUUGUACACGUGCCUUACCGUGACUCCAAGCUGACCCGUCUGCUGCAGGAUUCCCUCGGGGGCAACAGCCAAACCAUCAUGAUUGCCUGUGUGAGCCCAUCUGACCGGGACUUCAUGGAGACCCUGAACACACUCAAAUAUGCCAACCGUGCUCGCAACAUCAAGAACAAGGUGGUGGUGAACCAGGACAAGACAAGUCAGCAGAUCAGUGCUCUGCGGGCUGAGAUCGCCCGCCUACAGAUGGAGCUGAUGGAGUACAAGGCUGGCAAGCGUGUCAUCGGGGAGGAUGGCUCAGAGGGCUACAGUGACCUGUUCCGGGAGAAUGCCAUGCUGCAGAAGGAGAACAGUGCCCUGCGCAUGCGGGUGAAGGCCAUGCAGGAGGCCAUUGAUUCAAUCAACAGCAGGGUCACCCAGCUUAUGAGCCAGGAGGCCAAUCUGCUGCUGGCCAAGGCAGGGGACAGCAACGAAGCCAUUGGUGCCCUCAUCCAGAACUACAUCCGUGAGAUUGAAGACCUGAGGACAAAGCUUCUGGAGAGUGAGGCCAUGAAUGAGUCUUUGCGUCGCAGCCUCUCCCGUGUUUCUGCUCGGCCUCCCUACCCCAUGGGCUCAUCCCUCUCCUCUGGCUUGGCUGGUCUGGGCAGCCCAGCAGCUCCAGUGGAGACAGAGGCCUCUGAUGUCCUCCAAAGGGCCAAGCAGGACCUGGAACGCCUGAAAAAGAAAGAGAGGAGGCAGCGGAGGAAAAGCCCCGACAAGGAAGCAUUUAAGAAGUGGCAGAAACUGCAGCAGGACAAUGGAGAGGAGACAGAUGAGAAUGAGGUGGAAGAGGAGGAGGAGGAGCAGGAUGAGAGUGGCUGUGAGGAAGAGGAUGGACGUGAGGAUGAAGAUGAGGAGUCAGGCAGUGAAGAGAGCCUGGUGGACUCAGACUCGGAUACAGAAGAGAAGGCCGUGAAUUUCCAGGCUGACCUGGCAGAUCUGACCUGUGAGAUAGAGAUCAAGCAGAAGCUGAUUGAUGAGCUGGAGAACAGCCAGCGGCGCCUGCAGACCCUCAAGCACCAGUAUGAGGAGAAGCUGAUCCUGCUGCAGAACAAGAUUCGGGACACACAGCUGGAGCGGGACCGGGUCCUGCAGAACCUCAGCACCAUGGAGUGCUACACGGAGGAAAAAGCCAACAAGAUCAAAGCAGACUAUGAAAAGCGCCUGAAAGAGAUGAACAGGGACCUGCAGAAGCUCCAGGCAGCCCAGAAGGAGCAUGCUCGCCUGCUCAAGAACCAAUCCCGCUAUGAGAGGGAACUGAGGAAGCUGCAGGCAGAGGUGGCAGAGAUGAAGAAGGCAAAGGUGGCUCUGAUGAAGCAGAUGAGGGAGGAGCAGCAGAGGAGGAGACUGGCGGAGACCAAGAGGAACCGGGAGAUUGCACAGCUCAGGAAGGAGCAGCGCAGGCAGGAGUUCCAGAUCCGGGCUCUGGAGUCUCAGAAGCGGCAGCAGGAAAUUGUGCUGCGGAGGAAAACCCAGGAGGUCUCUGCACUGCGCCGUCUCGCCAAGCCCAUGUCAGACCGGGUGGCAGGCAGGACCAGCCAGAAGCCACCCAUGCUUGAUUCAGGCACAGAGGUCUCAGCCAGCACCACCUCCUCUGAGCCCGAGUCCAGUGCUCGCUCAGUCUCCAGCAUCGUGCGACAAUGGAACAGGAAAAUCAACAACUUCCUGGGAGAUCCCUCAUCCCCCAUGAACGGGGCUCGACCUGCCAGGAAGAAGUUCCCCAAGAAGGGGGUGAGCCAGACCUUCAGCAAAGCCGCCCGCCUCAAGUGGCAGUCGCUGGAGCGGCGAAUCUUUGAUAUUGUCAUGCAGAGGAUGACAAUUGUCAACCUGGAGGCUGACAUGGAGAGGCUCAUCAAGAAACGUGAGGAGCUGGCACUGCUACAGGAAGCAUUGCUGGCCAAGAGGGGGAAGCUGCAGGCAGAGAGUCCCAAGGAGCAGAAGGGGCUGCAGGAGCUGAAUGAGGAGAUCGAGCUGCUGGGAGCUAACAUCGACUACAUCAAUGACAGCAUUUCUGACUGCCAGGCCACCAUCAUGCAGAUAGAGGAGACCAAGGAGGAGCUGGACGCCACAGACACUUCAGUGGUGAUCAGCUCCUGCUCCUUGGCUGAAGCCCGGCUCCUGCUGGACAACUUCUUGAAGGCCUCCAUUGACAAGGGCCUUCAGGUGGCACAGAAGGAGGCCCAGAUCCGGCUGCUGGAGGGACGCUUGAGGCAGACAGAUGUCACUGGCUCCUUGCACAGCCACGCCAUCCUGGAUGCCCUGCGGGAGAAGGCUGAGUUACACCCCGAGCUGCAGGCCCUGAUCCACAAUGUUCAGCAAGAGAAUGGCUACACAAGCACAGAUGAAGAGGUUUCGGAGUUCAGCUUGGCUUCAGAUGGGAGCAUCUCCCAGUCUUUCACCAUGAAGGGCUCAGCAAGCCAGGAUGACUUCAAGUUCAAGGGAGAACCCAAACUCUCAGGGCAGAUGAAGGCAGUGUCAGCUGAAUGUCUAGGACCCACUCUGGAUGUCUCCACCAAGAACAUCACCAAGUCCUUGGCAUCCCUCAUGGAGAUCAAAGAGGAUGGGAUCAGCUUCUCCAUCCGAGACUCCUAUUACAAGGAGAAGGUGUCACGCACCGUCAGCCUGCCCACGCGAGGAAGCACGUUUCCCAGGCAGUCUCGUGGCUCGGACACUUCACCUCUGACCAGGAGGAAAUCGUACGACCGCGGGCAACCUCCCAGGCCUCCAGAUGUUGGCUUCACGCCUCCCCCAUCCCCACCCACCCGGCCACGCAACGACCGCAAUGUCUUCUCUCGUCUCACGAGCACCCAGAGCCAGGGGUCUGCCUUGGAUAAGUCUGAUGACAGCGAUUCCUCUGUCUCGGAGGUGCUGAGGGGCAUCAUUAACCCCGUGGGUGGCACCAAGAAUGCCCGGACAGCCCCGCUGCAAUGUGUCUCCAUGGCAGAAGGACACACCAAGCCUGUGCUCUGCCUGGAUGCUACUGAUGAGCUGCUUUUCACUGGCUCCAAAGACCGGAGCUGCAAAAUGUGGAACCUGGUGACAGGCCAAGAGAUUGCUUCCCUCAAGAGUCACCCAAACAAUGUGGUUUCCAUCAAGUACUGCAGCCACACAGGGCUGGUGUUCACUGUGUCCACAUCUUACAUCAAAGUCUGGGACAUCCGGGACUCGGCCCGGUGCAUUCGCACCCUCACAUCUUCUGGACAGGUGAUCUCUGGGGAUGCCUGUGCUGGGACCACCACCCGCACUGUCACCAGCGUGCAGGGGGAGCACCAGAUCAACCAGAUUGCUCUGAACCCCACUGGCACCACGCUCUAUGCUGCCACCGGUAACUCCGUCCGCAUCUGGGAGCUGAGCAGGUUGCAGCCCAUUGGGAAGCUGAGCGGCCACAUCGGGCCCGUGAUGUGUCUCACAGUAAACCAGACAGCAAGCAACCAUGACCUGGUGGUCACAGGCUCCAAAGAUCACUACGUCAAGGUGUUUGAGAUUGCCGAGGGCACCGUGGGCAAUAUUGGCCCCACUCACAACUUUGAGCCCCCUCACUACGACGGCAUCGAGUGCUUGGCCAUCCAGGGAGACAUCCUCUUCAGUGGCUCCAGGGACAAUGGCAUCAAGAAGUGGGAUCUGGAGCAGCAGGAGCUUAUCCAGCAAAUCCCUAAUGCCCACAAAGACUGGGUCUGUGCCCUGGCCUUCAUCCCUGGCCGCCCCAUGGUGCUGAGUGCCUGCCGAGGGGGCAUGAUCAAGGUCUGGAAUGUGGACACCUUCACCCCUGUUGGGGAGAUCAAAGGGCACGACAGCCCCAUCAAUGCCAUCUGCACCAACUCGAAGCACAUCUUCACUGCCUCUAGUGACCUGACAGUGAAGCUCUGGAGUGGGAGGAGGUUACCCACAGGGUCCAACUAGGAACUGCAGAAAGACUGGAAGACAUGAGAGGAGGGUGAAGGUUGGGGUACCUCUCCCUUGCUAUCAAGACCGUGUCAUCUACAGGAAUCCAGCCUGGGGACAGGGAUUUCUUUGUGCCUGACCCAAGGAGUUGGACAACAUCUCAUCUGAUACUUCGAGCACUGCCAGCUCCUUCAAGGAGGCAGUUUCUCAGUUGUUUUCCAGUGACGAGGAAAUGUUUUGUCUCUUUUCUCACCCACCCUGUUGCAACACCUGCUGGGACUCCUGGGGGUCAAUGCUUCUUGGCUCCUCAGAGACACUCAAUUCCCUCCUGCUGCUGUGGGCUCGUGCAGCCUUCCCUGGGAUGUGCUGCUUCUCUCCCUUGGCUCCAGGGCUGGUUCCUGCAGGAGUCUUUCUCCACUCCACGGCCAUGGGGACAUUGGUGUCUGCUGGCCAGGACCACGGCAUAGAGGGCCUGUUCCUUUGAAGAUAUUACUACUGAGACAACCUUUCUGCUGUGGGAGGUCUGCAGAAGGAUUUCCAGGUGGAUCCAUCCUUCCCCAUCUUCUGUCUACCUGUUCCUAGCAACUGGAAGUGUUCACCUCUGGGCAUCUUUGCCUGGGAAGAUCUUCGUAGGCCAACUCUGCAUUUCCCCUUGACAUUCUCCAAACCCCAGUCAUAACCUCAGGUGACCCACAGCUCUUGGCCUCUUUCCCAUGUGCCCACCCUGCCCUUUGGUGGAGAACUAAAGGGCUGCCUGGCCCAGCUCUUGACACCUUGGCCCUUAGCAGGGCUUUUGUGGGGGGUUCCUGCAUCCCCUUGAGAUGCAGAAACAAAGCAAGAGAGGGCAAAGAAGCCAAGGCUGGACUGGUCACCUCCACUCCUCUGGCCCAUCUUGUUUUGCCAUCACUGGGAACCAUAAGCUGUAACUCCAUCCACCAGGCUCUGCCCUCAGCCUCCUGCUGAGGGCAAUGGACCUUGCUCAGGUUUGGCCCAUCAGUCUUGUGGAGGAGCAGCUGGAGUUUGGGUCAGGAUGGAGUCGGCUGUGCUGGAAGUGAGGUGAGGGGACUUUGUGUUUUUAUUUUUUCUUCUCUUAAUCAAUGCUGUUGUUUCAGUUUUGACACUUGAAUUUUUUCUGGAGUUAUGUGGCCUCACCCCCACCUUGUUGCAUGUCUGAGCCACCCCUCACAUCCCCUUACCUGCCCCUUCCUGGGCAGUGCAGCAAGACCAGCACCCUGCUUUGUUCCUUUGCUGCAGGAACCCCAGCUGAGUCACAACACUGAGAUUUUCCUCCCAUUGCUGGUGGGAUGCUUGGACUGAGGCUUGACAUUGCUGGUAGUUACUGAGUUGUUGGAAGUGGUCCCUCUUGUCCCUUUAAAGGAUGAAAAAGGACCCCUGAAAGGCUCAGCUCAGCUCAGCCUGUGUCACUGCCCCUGCUCUCACAGGGAUUCUCUGUGGAUGCAGGGUACCCUUUCUCUCUGGGAAGUGGCUGUGCAAAGCACAUGGCUGCAGCAGCAGCAGGGAACAUGUGCAGUAAAAGCCUCCAUCCAGAAUGGAGGUGGUCAGUGAGAGAAACUGGUUCUCAUCUGUGAUGCUUGAUUUUUUACCCCCCAAAAUAGAGCUGACUCUAGAUCCU